AUGAGCGGGAGAAUCCUCUCCCACCGUCUGGUUCCGCUCCUGCGGACGGGUCUUUUGGCCCGCCAUCUUCACAACGCCGGUGCCAGGACUGGCGGCCUCUUGCGAUCCAACGGAGGUGCCGCCCUUCGCGGACGAGCCUGGCCUGUUGGCGCCAACCACAUUCACAAUGUCCCUGCGGUGCGGACCAUCUCGUUUGCCCGCAUCCUCCCUAAACUGGCCCUGAAGUUGGCCCGGGUGCCGGCUAUGUUUGGAGGGGCUAUGGUUGCUGGGUUGGCCUAUUUUCAGUACCAGGCUACGCAGGCGGGGAAUUACGCUAUUGACGUCUUGAAGCGGGCGGGGGAAACGGCGAGUGAUACGGCUUCGACUUUUUUCGUGGGAAUCCAAGGCAUGGCUGAACAGACACAAAGAGGCUGGCAGAAGACAAAGGAUGAUGUGGAGCUCCCGGAAUGGCUACAGAAGCUCCUUCGUAUGGAUGAGGAUUCACAGUCCGGCAACGGGGGUUCUUCAGGAGGCGGUGGUGGCGGCAAGCCUCCCCAUGAAAGCAGGGGCGGUGUCGGUGCUGCCGCUGGAGCUGCGACCGGAACUGCGUUUGGAUAUGAUGCGGACGAGGAAGACGUCCGGUCCAACAGGGAAGUUGCCGAGGAUGACCAGAUGAUGCUUCUUACUCGGAAAAUGAUCGAGAUCCGGAAUAUCCUGUCGUCGGUUGGACAGUCUAACACGCUUACGCUGCCCUCGAUCGUGGUCAUUGGCUCGCAGUCCUCUGGUAAAAGCUCUGUUCUGGAGGCCAUUGUGGGCCAUGAAUUCCUACCGAAGGGCUCGAACAUGGUCACCCGUCGACCCAUCGAGCUUACCUUGAUCAACACCCCGAACGCACAGGCCGAAUACGGUGAAUUCCCGGCCCUCGGACUGGGCAAAAUCACCGACUUCUCUCAAAUCCAACGCACCUUGACCGAUCUGAAUCUCGCUGUCCCAGAGAGGGACUGCGUCACCGACGACCCUAUUCAACUCUCUAUUUACUCGCCCAACGUACCUGACCUCUCUCUUAUCGACCUUCCCGGUUACAUCCAAGUAGCCGGACAAGACCAGCCGCCGGAGUUGAAGCAGAAGAUCUCCGACCUCUGCGACAAGUACAUUCAGGCCCCCAACGUCAUUCUGGCUAUCUCUGCCGCCGAUGUGGACCUUGCCAACUCGACGGCUCUGCGAGCAAGCCGACGGGUAGAUCCCCGCGGCGAGCGGACAAUCGGUGUCAUUACCAAGAUGGAUCUUGUUGACCCAGACCGCGGCGUCAACAUUCUUUCGGAUAAAAAGUACCCACUGCGCCUAGGAUACGUGGGCGUGGUCUGUCGCAUUCCUCAAACUACGGCUUUGUUCUCGAGGGGAAGUGGCAACAUCACGAGUGCGAUCCUGAAGAACGAGAAUGCCUACUUCUCGGCCCACCCUCAGGAGUUCGGCUCCCAAUCGGAUCUAUCGAUCGGUGUGACGACUCUGCGCAACAAACUCAUGCAUGUUCUUGAGCAGACUAUGGCAUCGAGCCUAGCAGGUACUAGGGAUGCCAUCAGCCAGGAACUCGAAGAAGCGACCUACGAAUUCAAGGUGCAGUACAACGACCGUCCCUUGAGCGCCGAGUCAUAUCUGGCCGAAAGCCUGGAUAGCUUCAAGCACUCAUUUAAAGCGUUCGCCGAAAAUUUCGGCCGGCCUCAAGUUCGCGAAAUGCUGAAGAACGAAUUGGACCAGCGGGUCAUGGACAUCUUGGCCCAGCGAUACUGGAACAAACCCAUUGACGAUUUGGCUCCUGUGCUGCCCGAGCUGGACCCUCUCAGUGACCUCCCAAAGGCGGACCUGGAUUCGCAGUAUUGGCGCCGUAAGCUUGACGGUUCAACCUCUUCCUUGACAAAACUGGGUAUCGGAAGACUCGCUACGACGGUCGUCGCUAAUGCAAUCCAAACCCACGUUGACCGGUUACUGGCCAACUCUACUUUCGCCUCCCACCCUUAUGCUCAAAAACAGAUUGUGGAUGCUUGCAACAGCAUCUUGAACGACCGAUUUUUCAGCACUAGUGAUCAAGUCGAGAAUUGCAUCAAACCCUACAAAUUUGAGAUCGAAGUCGAAGACCCGGAGUGGAUCAAGGGCCGAGAAAAUGUCAGCAAAGUGUUGAAGGACGAGCUUCGAGCCUGUGAGAGCGCUAUGCGACGUGUUGAAGACAGCGUUGGUAAGAGAAAGCUCAAAGAUGUCAUGGCAUUCGUGGACAAGGUUCGCAAAGGCGAAAUUCUACUAGAAGGCGACGUUGCCAGCACUGCUGGUGCCGGUGGAUUCAGUGCCGCCCUCCUAGCUACCGCCCGCGAGAGCGUCUUCCUCCGAGACCGCGCCGACCUCCUCAAGAUGCGUCUCCUCGCCAUCCGCUCCAAGCAGUGCGCCUCCAAGAAGAACAAGUACUUCUGUCCCGAGGUCUUCCUCGACGUCGUAGCCGACAAGCUCACGUCGACCGCCGUGCUCUUCCUCAACGUCGAGCUCCUCUCCGAAUUCUACUACAACUUCCCCCGCGAACUCGACAUGCGCCUCGGUCGACACCUCUCCGACGCCGAAGUGGAACGGUUCGCGCGCGAAGACCCGCGCAUCCGCAAACAUCUCGACGUGAUCAAGAAGAAGGAGCUACUUGAAUUAGCCCUGGAGAAGAUCGAAAGUAUCCGACAGCUGGAUGGACGCAACAAGCACCGACGAACGGAUCGUCCGUUGGCCACGAAGGAAUCGAGGAACCGAGGAUGGAAUCUGUUCUAA